AACCCUUCACAACAAGUCUGUUUCUUGCCGUGGGCUACCUAAAACCCUAAUCAACCUGCACAAGUCAUUCUUUUUAUAGCAAAGCUACGUGCUUUUUUCGACUUGAGAUUUAAAACCUUCUUCUCGUCGACCAGUCAGUCCGGCUGAUCCAAAAUCGAAUCGAAUUUUUGCAGUUUGGUCCUCAAAAUCUCUCUCAGUUUUCCAUGGAGGUCCCCAAGGACGAGCUAGCCAUUGUGUUUCUCGAUCGGACAUCUCGCGCCACCCAAGGAAAGAGGAUGACUAAGUUACUCGAUUAGGAAAUUGAAGAGGAUGAGAUGUUCUGGAAUCUGGAGGCUCUCAAGAGCCGUUCGCUUUCUACUAUUAUGGCGGGUGAUGGAGAAUUGCCGAUCUUGUCCUCCAACAACGACGAUAUAAUCGUCGAGAUACUUUCAUGGCUACCGGUCGUAUCUCUCUUCCGAUUCCGUUGUGUAUGCAAGUCAUGGUGCGCCUUAAUCACUACUCCCUAGUUUGUGGCCAAGCACCGAGCACAUACCAACGACAAGAACAAGAAUGUCCUGAUUCUCACGAAACCGUACUAGCCGCCACCACCCCACUCUGUUUACACUUAUAUUGUAACCUUAACGAUCAAUACGUACGAAACUUCAGCCAUUCGCUUUCUAUUAUUAUGGCGGGUGAUGGAGAAUUGGCGAUCUUGUCCUCCAACAACGACGAUAUAAUCAUUGAGAUACUUUCAUGGCUACCAUUCGUAUCUCUCCUUCGAUUUCGUUGUGUAUGCAAGGCAUGGCGUGCCUUAAUCACUACUCCCCAGUUCGUGGCCAAGCACCGAGCACAUACCAACGACAACAACGAGAAUGUCCUGAUUCUCACGAAACCGUCCUGGCCGCCACCACCCUGGCCACAACCCCACUCUGUAUCCCCCUUACUGAUUUACUACCAAUCACUGAAGAAGAAUGUUGAUGCCUGCGCCUCUGCCUCUUCAUCAGCGAUACGAAGCAACCAUAGAGACAUUGAAGCUGAAAUUCCAGAUGAUACUAGCCUCAACAAUUCAUCACUUGUGGGUUCUUGCAAUGGUCUCAUCUGCCUACUACUUAACCCUCCACUUGAAUACUAUGAAGAAUACUAUGAAAAUAUAAGACUUCUCUUGUGGAACCUAGUACCAGAACAACCCGUAAGUUACCGGACAUUGAUUGGUUUUGUUUCAGACCAUGUUAUUACGGAUUCGGCUAUGAUUCCACCACUCAAGACUACAAGGUCCUUUUGGGCGGUAAAAGUGCCAAAGAUGGAUUUGCUGCAAUCUUCUCACUCAAAGCGGGUUCAUGGAAGAUUGUUGUAGACUCUCUCAAGCCUACGAUCUCGUUAGGUAUUGAUGGGCCAGGGUGCUUCUUAAAUGGAGCUCUACUUUGGAAUCAGAUAUAGUCUAAGGGGAAAACAAUAAUCAGGUCCUUUGAUUUCGCACAUGAGAAAUUUCAUUCGUUUUCCUUUAUUAGGCAUAAAGGAUGUAAUUAGGCGAAAGUAGGGACGAUUGGAAAUCGUCUCUUCUUUCACACUUUCUGCCAUGCUUCCACAGUAUAUGCAGCA